AUGGCAGAAGGCCAAGUGAUAGGACAACGCUAUCACGACUGCGCUGCAUAUUGGUGCAUAUGCGAUCUGAGAGGGUUGGAAAGUGUCGAGAUUCAACGCGUGAACGACAGAGUACUCUCUGGGAAAAGAUCAUUAAUCUUUGGACCGUACAACAAGUUAGAGCAGCACAAAAAGGAACCGAUUCAGAUAUGCGAAUCAUUCGUUUUCGAUUUUAUGCCUGAUACAUUGGGAUCUUUGAUCGAGAACAACUCACUCGAUCUUGUCGACAUGAAAAUCUACACUUGGCAAAUGUUUAAUGGCCUACAAUAUCUCAGUCAGGUCCAAGAUUCGUUGAUAGAGGAAAAAGACUAUAAAAGUAUUCCCCUUGGUCAGUUACAAAUAUGCACCAACGUGGAAACCAGUCAAUAUCUUGCAGACCUUACAGGGUCUUUUGAAAUUGGCGAUUUUGGUUCCGCAAAGGUUGUACGGCCAGGAAUGACGUCAACACCGUAUCAGGUUCUAAAUUCGUAUUCACCUGACUUCUGUGAAGUGGCCUAUGAUGCUUUCAAUGUGACACGUUUACGACACCCGGAAUUACUACUCGGAUCUGAAAAUUACAAUUGGACACCGAGUCCAACCUCAUUGUCAAGAGAAGGAGCCAAACGAUCAAAUGGUCAGCUAAUCUCACAAUGCAUAACGUCCGCUGAUAUUGCCGAGGCUCAUUCAAUAGAUGAAUCCAAGGUGAAAGCAAAGUUGACAUCCAUUGUGAUGAGGACGAAGCUCGACUUCAGUUGUGAUGAUGAGUCAAAAGAAAGCCGUGAGCUUAAUGCUCCACUAGCUCAAAAAGUCGGCGCCAGCAAGGAAAAACCGUCAACCGAGUCGGUAGAAACCGGAGAACAAAGGAAGAAACCAAAGAAGAAACUCAGGGGAAGAAGCACGAUGAUGGCGGCAAAUCCUUCAAACAGUCCCGCAGUUCCAGCUGGCGAAGCGGCAGAUCUGAAACGAUUUCCGAUUUCUCCCGCAUCCAUCGGGCUACCUAAUCUGCUUCCUCCACAAUUUGAAGGCGUUAUCGUGAAGAGUACUGCUGCUCUGACUCACCAAUUCUCUCAUGACGGAUCAAUGCCAUCGCAGGGCACCGAGUGGUGCAUUAAUGCUGCUGACCAGGUUAAAUAUGAUUCAAUCUUUGAUUCGUUAUGCCCUAUUGAUGGUAAGCUUCCUGGAGCAAAAGUUCGUCCAGUGCUCCUUAAUUCGGGUCUUAACCCAGCCAUUCUCGCGAAAAUAUGGGAGUUAGCAGACCAAGAUAAAGAUGGUCAGUUGGACAGGAUUGAAAUGACGGUCGCCAUGCAUCUUGUUUACAGGGCUUUACAAAAUGAACCUGUUCCUGCUGUUCUUCCCAAUUCUCUGAUCCAUCCAUCCAAAAUGUCACUAACAAGGCGCACCUCAACAGCAUCCGUGGCUUCUAUGCAUGCUGGAAAUGGAUCUUUCAAUUUUGGGAUGCCUCCGCAGUCUCAGUUCAUUCCAGGCCAAGCCAAUUACCGUUCCCGUACUGGGAGCAUGACAUCCCUGGACGGCGUUGGGCAUACUACGAAACUUCCUCCUGUAGAGAACAGGAGCGCCUCCGUACAGCCUAACCAAGGCUCAAGAAACGAAAGCGCGCCGGCAACCCCCGUUCGCGGAAUGGGUGGUCCACUGUCCAUGUCCGUUGGAAGUAGUAGUAAUUCAUCCCUCGAAUGGCCAGUCGAUCGACUUGCUUCUGCAGCACAAUUCGCUGCCUGCGAUACGGAUUCAGAUGGCCUUGUGAAUGGGAACGACGUUAAACAUGUGCUCCUUGGUUCAGGAUUGCCGCAACAGGCACUCGCUCACAUAUGGGCUCUCUGUGACAUCAAUCGUACUGGCAAGCUUAACCAGGAACAGUUCGCUCUUAUUGUCCAUCUUGUGAACAUGAGAAAACGUGGAGAGGAGUUGCCAUCAACAUUGCCACAGUUUUUAAUACCGCCAUCUCUUCGAGUGCUUUCAGUCUCAGAGAAUGGACACUCCGCCCCAGAUGCGAACACAGUCAACGCAGAGCAUAUUAGUGCAAGCGAUUCAGGUGAGAUGCGUCGACUUGCCGAGAAAUGGAGAAACUCUUAUUCCGAUCGCAGGGAGGCGGAUGCUCAGGUAUCGCAGCUCGAAGCUGAUAUGAAGGUGAAAGACAGCCAGAUCAAGAAUCUUCAGGUCGAGCUUCGAACGCUAGAAGUAACCGUCAAACAACUUGAACGACAGAAAACGGAAGCCGGACGUCGCUUAGCCGAUCUAGAUGAACAAAUUAGACAGCUUGAAGCAGCAGCUCUAGCACAAGCCAAGAAAGCGGAAGAAGCACAGAGCAGACUCAACCAACUUGUAGAGGACACUCAAAAGGAUGCGGCUCAUGCCGAUGGAGCCGCUAAGAGACAGCGUGACGAAGCACAGCGUGUUCAACUCAACGAAGCGAUUGCGCAUGCGGAAACUGUGGUUAACGACAUUCAGAAUGUGCUGAAGUCAGCAGAUCCAACAACGGAGUUGUCUUCCAAGCUAAGCCUGUUGGAAGAUAUUUCUAGGAAAGAUUUGUUUAACGACGUUCCGUUCUCCAUAGCUUCCACGUCAAACCAAGCCAUUCAUCAACCGCCAGACCCUUUUACCGGUGUUCAGACAGUUCCUGCAAUUCGCUCAGUUGUAAGUGCCACUAUGCAAGCACGUGACGUCCGUUCGCGCAGCAGACUUGACCCUUUGCUGGCUGCUUGCGCUUCGGGCAAUUUCGCGAUUCAUUUUCCACAAGAUCCAUUCGGAGGUGGUGCAACUGCUGGAGGUGGCCUCCCUAUGACGCUCCGCCAAACAUACAUGGUCACGCUUUCUUUAAUGAUUUGCGCCAGUUGCUAUUGGAAUCCUCUCCAAGGUGGUGGUGUCAUGUCAGUUAUACGAGUCGCUUGCUACGAUGAAGAUGCAAACGGUGGUAUGGCUCCAGAUCCAUCGACUGCGGCAGCGAAGAAUCCACCGCCACGCCCAGCACCACCGAAAUCUAGCGCUCGCCAAACUCCUGUGAAUGGAGAUCCAUUUGCAAACACAGAUCCCUUCGCCGCAGAAACUGUCGCUGCGGCUCCAGGAGGAGGGUCAAAGAGUAGAUUAAACUAUUUCGUGAAGAGGAGGAGUCUUUCAGAGGAUAUAUAA